UGGCGGCGCCCAUGGAGAUUCUACUAAAAGUUAAGAUUUUAGUAGCAGAGGUAUUUAAAAAGCACGGUUUAGAACAAGGAAGGCUACCAAUAGUUCAAAGGACAAAUAGGUUUUCUUUAGGUGAUUUAUUUGUUCCUAAUGGACCCUUCACUAAAGAGAAAAACGAGGACUUUGAAAAACUUCUUCAAAACAUUAAAGAACUUUUUAUUUCAAAAAAUAUUCCUAUAACAAAAGUGACAAGCAAUGACUUCAGUCGUGUUGCCAUGUUCCUUGAUAGAGCACAUUUUUAUCAUAGUGUCAUAGACUGUGUUAUGAAUCAGAAGGACGAAUAUGGAAUGGUGAAAUCUGGUGAUAGGAGAACUAUUUUACUUGUGAAUGACAGCCGAAAGCUUUAUGAUGAGAAGAACAGCUUAAACACCUUGAGGUCUGUGAUAGUACAUGAAACUGCUGGGAAACUGCUUACUGCAAAUGGAUUUGAAGUUAAAAGUCAAUUUUCCAGAUCUGAGAUAAAAGUUAUCUCAUGUUUUCAAAGUGAGAUCAGCUUUGACAUUGACACAGAGAUCUGUACAUCCGCUAAAUGUGGAAGUGAUAAUGCUCAGCUGCAGGAGUUAUAUGAGAUGAUAUACAGAUGCAGGUAUGUGAGUGAGUUGAUGUCGGAAGAAGGUUCGUUGGAACCUGCCGGGGACGGGAUGCCGCGGUGGCUACAGUUUGACCUUAGACAAUUUAUCACAGAUAAUGGGCUUAAGGCUGGCAGUGGACACUUUGACAAGAACCUUCACAAAUGUGCAAUCUUAGAAAAUGGGGUUCCAACUAGUGCAUUGCAAAAUGCUGCAAAGAACUUCAUUCUAAUAAAGACAGGGGGUAUGAAGACUGCAGUUCACAUAGUAGACCAGAGUGAGGCGUUUAACCAACAGAAGGUGGUGCUACUGAUACAGCAGUUAGCCCUUCUCACAACCACGAAACUGACCCAGUGCUGGCAGGUGAUUGGUCCUGUCAUUGUCAAACAAGGAGGCAAGGAACUUGGCCAGUCAGCUGACAAAUUUAUAAGGUUAACAUAUGCCCAACUAAGACAAGCAGCUAUUAUGAAAUACGGAGAAACAGUACAUGGUGAAGGAUGGUCUGGCAAUCUGAAGGCCCUGACCACAGCAUGUGUCAAGUUUCACCUCCUUUCAUGCGUUCCUAGAAACCAGUUGAAACUGAGUUUUUCUGAUGACAUGAGAGAAGAUGGAACUUAUGUGUCAACAGGGUCAUUUGUCAUGUACAACUGCGCAAGGCUGAUUAUGCUGUUUGCUCACUUCCAACAGGCUGUUGAUAAUGGUACCUUUCCUCCGUUACCUGAGCUGGAAAAGAUUGACUUUUCUACUUUGAGAGAAGAGCAAGAGUGGUCGCUGUUGUUGACUUACGUGUUCACUUUUCCGGACCUUGUACAGCAAACCAUCCAGAACAUGGAACCCUCUGACACCACAACGCUCAACAUACAUACACAUAAGAUGUGCCAGAUGCUGGGAAGUCUAAGCAGAUGUUUGAGUUCAUAUUAUUCAAGAUACCAUGUUCUUGGGGAGGCAAGGCCCCACUUGUACCCACAGAUGUUUGCCCGCCUGUACCUGCUGAAGGCAGUACACCAGGUCCUGGUCAAUGGCCUGCAGCUGAUUGCCGUCUCACCGCUCUCUCAGGUGUAGACAACAUGUCACAAUGUAUGUGUCUAGGAAAGGGUGCAAUUCUUGGGUAAACAGUUACAAAUAAGCCAUGGUUUUGGGCACUCCUGAUUCGCUCAGUAAAACUGUGAUACUUCUGUUUGAACAAACUUUUUGAUUAAGACAGUGGAGAAAAAUAGAAGACGGAGUUGGAUAAACAACAGAUGGAACAGCCGGAUUAAAUGGUUGUGUAGGAAGUGACGUUAAUUCUCAAAGAAAGGCAAAGAAGUUCAAGAUUGUAAACCCUGCACAUCAAGUAGGACAAUUGACCGCCACGUUCAUGCUAGAGUAUUGAAACAGAACACAAACAAGCUUGGCACAUGUAUGUUUAUGUGAGCAAUUUUGAAGAGAUAAAUGAGGUUGGCUAUUUUUCAUAAAAUUACCUUUCUGGGGUGAAGGCCAGUACUUAUAAUUGCAAGGAGACAUAAUGUUGACAUCAGGAUUCAUACAGCAGUGCAAUCUUAUAACAAACAUGUUAGGGAAGUCAAUCAUUAAUUAAUAUGGGGACUUAUAGUGCAAUUAUUAACAGAUUCCUAUUUCUCAAACACUCAUGUAUCAGGCCCCACCAGCCAGUAUUUACCAGACUUUCGCAGCGUGUUCUAGGCUGACCAAAGAGAGAAUCUUCAUUUUUAUUAAUGCCACAUCAACGAUGACUUUCUUUUUAUUUAACCACUUCAACUAGACAAUGCUGAAACUUAUGGUAGUGUAAUUGUGAGAAGCAAACUAUUUGAUCACUAGGUUGCUAAAAUUUGUUUUGAAAACAUUGGAAGUUUGUUAAACAUGAACUAUAUAAAAAUUUUAUGUCAAUACAUUGUUCAUAAGUGAAUUAGUUGUUGACCUUUGUCUGUAUAUUUCAUGCCUUUUAUUAUUAAAAAUAUCU